AUGUCCCUCCCCCGCCCACCUCUCGACCCCGACCUGCAGCCCGCCCAGGACCGCUUCGACAAAAACAGCGCCCUCGUCCCCCAGGACAAGCUCAAUGCCCGUCGAAAUGCCGCCCGCCUGAGCUGGGAAGCCAUCAGCAAAGGAAAAGAAGACUCCAUCAGCCACACCGAGCUCGACAUCCCCGGCCCCGCGGGCCCUCUCCGCGCCUCCAUCCUCCGCUCCAAGAACCCCCACCACACCAACAAACCCGCCGCAGAGACCAUCGGCAUCGUCCACUUCCACGGCGGCGGCUUCUGCACCUCCGAUCGCUUCCACGGCCUCAACACCUUAUUCCCACUCAUCGAGUCCCUGGGCGCCAUCGUCAUCGGCGCAGAAUACCGUCUCACCCCGGAACACCCGCAGCCCGCACCCGUCGAAGACUCCUACGCCGCUCUACAAUGGAUCGCCUCGCACUCCGCCGAACUCGGCUUCAACCCCAACAAGCUAAUCACCUGCGGCGGCUCAGCAGGCGGGAAUCUCACAGCCGGUGUAUCCCUGCUUGCGCGCGAUCGCAACGGCCCCUCCAUCCUCGGCCAACUCCUCUUCUACCCCUGGAUCUCGGAUGAGACGUCCUCGACCUCGUUGCAGCAAUUCGGCGAUGUCCAGCCCUGGACGAAAGAGGAUACGGCGCAUGCGCUGGACUUUGCAUUGGGGAAGGACCGUAAAGGUACCAGUAUCUAUACGAUUCCAGCCUCUGCGACGGAUUUGAGGGGCCUCCCGCCGACAUAUUUGGAUGUGGGCGAGGCGGAUGUGUUUCGGGAUCAGGAUGUGGAUUUUGCGAAUCGGUUGUGGGGGGAUGGGGUGACGACGGAGUUUCAUGUUUGGGUUGGGGCGUGGCAUGCCUUUGAUGCUUUUGCGCCGGAGGCGCAGGUUAGCAAGAAGGCGAUGCAGGCCAGGCUGGAGUGGGUGAAGAGGUUGGUGGAGAGGUCGGGUUGA